AUGGCCGUUGAGGCGCGCCAUUUCAAUCUCUUCCCUUCUCCUCUCAUAACCAACCGCCAAGUGGUGAAUUCUGUGGAUGCGAAUAUCAACAUGUAUAACGCACAGCAGAUUGGUUAUUCUUCGUUUCUGCCGUUAUCUGGCGCCGUCACGGAACCGGUGCUUCCUUCGUCGGUGUACAAUUCGCUCGGAAACGCUGGCAAAUCUGAGAGCGGUUUGACCUAUAACAACAGCGUUGUUGUUCCACCGAUGUCUAGAAAGCGUUCCAGAGAGAAUUACAGCUACAAUGACUCCUUCUCUUUUCUCGGCCAAGACGUUUCUCUUCAGAUCCAACAGCAGCAACUCGACAUCGAGCAUUUAAUCAUGCAACGCAUGGAGAAGGUUAGAAUAGAGAUUGAUGAGAAGCGGAAGAGGCAAGCGAGGAGGAUAAUCGAGGCGAUUGAGAUCGGCGUGAUGAAGAAACUGAAGGCGAAGGAGGAGGAGAUAGAGAAAAUCGGGAAGCUAAAUUGGGCGCUGGAAGAGAGAGUGAAGUCUCUGUGCAUGGAGAAUCAGAUUUGGCGUGACCUCGCGCAAACGAACGAAGCCACGGCGAAUGCUCUGCGGUGUAAUCUGGAGCAAGUGCUGGCGCAGCGUGGCGGAAUGGGGGAAGAUGGCGCCGGCGCCGGCGCUGAUUUAAUGGACGACGCUCAGUCUUGCUGCGGGAGCACCGGCGAAGACGGUGAAGAGGAGAAAGAGGUGGGGUGGCGCACAAUAGCAGCGGGGUGCGCAGGGGUGAAGGAUAAGGAGGAAGGUGGUUGUGGGAAAAUGAUGAGUGGUGAGAGUAAUGGGCGGUUGUGCAGGAACUGUGGAAAAGAAGAGUCGUGCGUGCUGAUUUUGCCGUGCCGGCACCUGUGUUUGUGUACUGUGUGUGGGUCUACACUCCACAUUUGUCCUAUAUGUAAAUCCUUCAAGACUGCUAGUGUCCAUGUUAACAUGUCCUAA